AUGAUCUCCGUCUCUACCCUUGCUCUGGCCCUUCUGGCCGCCGCCCAGGCCGUCGAGUCCGCCUCGGCCGGUUGUGGCAAGAACCCCCCGACGUCGGGCACCAAGUCCAUCAACGUCAACGGCAAGCAGCGCCAAUACAUUCUCCAACUCCCCAACAACUAUGACUCCAGCAAAGCCCACCGUGUUGUCUUUGGAUACCACUGGCGUGAUGGGUCCAUGAACGACGUGGCAAACGGCGGCUUCUACGGCUUGCGCUCCCUGUCCGGCGACAGCACCAUCUUCAUCGCCCCCAACGGCCUGAACGCUGGUUGGGCCAACAACGGCGGCGAGGACAUCACCUUCACCGACCAGCUCGUGGCCAUGCUCAAGAACGACCUCUGCGUCAACGAGGGCGAGUUCUUUGCCACAGGUUGGAGCUACGGCGGAUCCAUGAGCCACAGCGUGGCCUGCUCCCGGCCGGACGUCUUCAGCGCCGUUUCCGUCAUCGCCGGCGCCCAGCUCUCGGGCUGCUCCGGCGGCACCACGCCCGUGCCCUACCUCGGCAUCCACGGCGCGGCCGACAACGUGCUGCCCAUCUCCAUGGGCCAGCAGCUGCGCGACAAGUGGCUGCAAACCAACGGUUGCACCUCCAAGAACGCGCCCAACCCGGGCGCGGGCCAACAGAACCACAUCAAGACGACGUACAGCUGCUCCAAGGCGCCCGUCACCUGGAUCGGCCACGGCGGCGGCCACGUGCCCGACCCGACCGGCACCAACGGCGUCAAGUUCGCCCCCGGCGAGACCUGGGACUUCUUCAACGCCGCCGUCGGCACCGGCGGCGGCACCAACCCCGGCACCCCGACUACCACCAACCCCGGCACCCAGCCCACCUCCAACCCCGGCACCAACUGCUCGGCCAAGUGGGGGCAGUGCGGUGGUCAGGGCUGGGCUGGCGCCACGUGCUGCGAGAGUGGCAGCACAUGCCGCGCUUCGAAUCAGUGGUACUCGCAGUGCAUCUAA